CAACAAGCGAGGGCAUGGCAAACAAAUUUGUUUUGUUACCCAUUUAAACACCGUCAAGUUGGACGCGUAGCUAUGGACUAUGCACGGUUUCCUUCGAUUAGUGAUCUCUCCGUUCAGAUGAUGAUAGAAAAUAUUGUUGCGUUUUUUAAUGGGCGUUUACCACGUUGCCUCGGCAAACAGGUUGGUAGUUGGGCAAAGUAGGUUAGCGAGCUACUUUUUCACCUAUUGGUGUUACAUGGUGGCUUUUCCCUAAAACUUCUGCUGUCCAAAGGAAUUGUUCUACGUUUGGGACGAUGCAUUAUUUUGUUGCACCGGUUUUUCGCCCUGGAUUAUUGAGUCGCUUAUCAAGGGUUAUAUGACCGAAGACAUGAAGAAAGAAGACGGUGUGGAUUAGAAAUAUACCUGUCUUUUUUUUUUCAACGUCUGGACCAACUCUCACUUACUUUCGGAUUUCCCCCAUUCCCUGCCCGAUGUGGUCUCCCGAGGGUGUCUGCCUUUGUAAUUUGAAAUGAGAUAAUGGCGACACGUUGGACAGAUCCAACCGAUGAAGAUGACGAGAGAACAUACUCAGCUGGGUCUCCUACUUGGGAGGCCAAACAGACGGACGGGAGGCCGAGGUGCGAGGGCAUGUCCCCCGGGGGCGAGGAGGAGCCCUUCUCCUGGCCCGGGCCCAAGGUGCUCCACCUGGCCCGCACCCCGCAGGGGUUCGGCUUCACCCUGCGCCACUUCAUCGUCUACCCACCGGAGUCCGCCGUCCACUCCUCCCUCAAGGAUGAAGACAACAGCGGCAGAGGGAGACCACGGAACAGGCUGGAGCCGAUGGAUACCAUCUUUGUGAAGCAGGUGAAGGAAGGAGGCCCCGCCCACAGUGCUGGACUCUGCACAGGAGACCGGAUCGUGAAGGUGAACGGAGAAGGCAUUAUCGGGAAGACCUACUCCCAGGUCAUAGCCUUAAUACAGAACAGUGAUGCUGUUCUCGAACUGUGUGUAAUGCCAAAAGAUGAAGAUAUACUGCAGCUGUUUUCAAGGGAUAUCACAGCUCUGGCAUAUUCCCAAGACGCCUACCUUAAAGGGCAUGAAGCUUACAGCGGAAACGCCCACAACAUCCCCGAGCCGCCUCCUUUAUGCUACCCGCGCGUAGACACUAAAGCCACAGGGAUGGCCCAGGCUCCCGACCCGGCCCCUCCCACCGACGGAGGGAGGGGCGCGGAGCAGGGGGGCCGGGGGGUUUGGGUGGAGACGCCGGCGGGGGGCCAGCCCGACCUGGGGUACCGGGUGGAGAUCCCUGUCCCCCCAUCGCCCCCGCCCGUCCUUAAGCCCCAAACGGCCCCACCCGGGCCCAAUCACAGGACCGAGGAGAGGCGCUACGGCCCCGCCCGGCCUCAGUACCCUGCCCCCCGGCCGCUGGACACCGCUGUCUUCGCCACGGGGGGCUGCGCCGCCGGGCACUCCGUCUCGGUCAGGACUUCGCUGGCGGCGCCUGGCGACCCUUACCCCGCGGCGGCCAAUCACUACCCCUCGGCCUCCGCCGCCCACCAGAACAUCGACUGGCGGACCUACAAAACCUACCGGGAAUACAUCGACAACAAGCGCUGCCACACGUACGGCUGCCGCACCAUCCAGGAGCGGCUGGACAGCCUGCGGGCCGCAUCCCAGACCCCCGCGGAGUACAAGCCCCCCUACGGGCCGCCAGUGGCGGGCGGGGCGCAGAUCCGCCGCCGAAGCACGUCGCAUGACCGCGCCUACCAGGGACCUGCCUCCAUCCCCCCGCGGAGCGCCUCGCAGGACCGCCUCGGGGGCGGGGCCCGGGGCGUGCCGGGGCGGGACUGGCCCCGCAGCGCCUCUCAGGACGGCCUGGGUGCCGCCCGGGCACCCAAACCCCGCGCCCGCUCCUGCGAUUACCUGGAAGCGGGAGAGGGGCCCGUCCCGGGGCGUCCCGUGGACAGGCAGAGCUACGGCAGGGGGGAGGCGGAGGAGAGGCACCGGCAGCUUCGUGGCGGGGCCCGGCCCGGCCGACAGUCCCUCCCCCCGCGGGCGGUCCACCAGCCCCUCAGGACUCCCGGGGGGUACAGCAACAGUUUCCGGGUGGCGCCCGUCGCUCCUCAUUUCGCCAAAGGUACGGAGCAGCUGCUGCCGGCCCCGGCGGACGUCCCGAAUCACGCUGGGCCGCAGCCUGUGGGGAAGGGCGCUCGCGCGGAACCCAGCCCCAGCGCCGCAGACACGGGCAAGGACCAAAGAUCGGUCACGGUCAACCACCUGGCCCACAGCACCCAGCACCUGCGGGCCCGGGCUGAGAGCGUGCAGGAGGCGGGGAAAGAGGCGGGGCUGUCCACCCGUUCCGCCUCCUGCUCCGCCUCCUCCAAGGCCCUGCCUCCGAGACAGCAGGGUGGCUCCGCCCCCUCCAGCAACGGCUCUGUGUCCAUCAGGGCCAAGCCCUUGGCCCAGGGCGGCGCAGAGACGGUGGUCCUGAGAGAGAAGCCGCCGUUGGGGAGGCCCGUCCCUCAGCCGCUCCGCCACCCCUCCUACAUCCUGGCCGUGAAUGACCCAGAGGCCGAGGCCUCGCCCGACUCGGUCUGCUGGCUGCCCAACGAUGCCCGGCGUGAGGUACGGAUGAGGCGGCUGGGCGAGCAGCGCCAAGCGUCGGGCUCCGGCAACCUGGACGAGUCCCUGGACUCCAUCCCUUUCAUCGACGAGCCCGCUAGCCCUAGCGCUGACCAUGACGCCACACACAUUCCAGCUUCCGCCGUGAUAUCUGUCACUCCCGUCAUAACUACAAUCCCCCCAAGCCCAACCUCCCCAUGCCCCUUCAUGCGACGCCAACUGUCACAUGACCAAGACUCCCUCCGUAACACCAUCUUGGAGUCGCAGUCAGGUACCAAAACGGAGCGGUCCAAGUCCUACGACGAGGGGCUGGACAACUACAGAGAUGAAGGAAGAAGCAGGUCAUCCGUGAAGCACUUAACCAGCCUGAAGGGACUGAGAAAGGCCCUGGACGGACACAAGUCCUCAGAUGAUUCCGGAUCCAGGAGGGACUCUUCCUCGGACGUCUUCAGCGAUGCGUCUAAAGAAGGGUGGCUCCACUUCCGGCAGCUCAACACAGACAAGAGCAAGCGCGUGGGUGGGGGGAUGCGCACGUGGAAGCACAUGUACGCCGUGCUGCGGGGCCACUCCCUCUACUUCUACAAGGACAGGAGGGAGGGGAUGGCCCACGCCGCCUCCCAGUCCGAAGACGAGCCCCAGCCAAUCAGCAUCAAGGCGUGCCUGAUCGACAUCUCCUACAGCGACACCAAGCGCAAGAAUGCGCUGCGGCUCACCACCUCGGACUGCGAGUACCUGUUCCAGGCCGAGGACCGUGAGGACAUGCUGUCCUGGAUCCGGGUCAUCCAGGAGAACAGCAACCUGGACGAGGAGAACGCAGGUGUUACGAGCCGGGACCUGAUCAGCAGGAAGAUAAAGGAGUACAACACCAUGAUGAGCUCCCCCAGCAGUAAGACGGAGCCCUCCCCCAAAGCUUCCCGCCAGUCCCUCAGCAUCAGGCAGACCCUCCUGGGAGGGAAGGGGGAGCCCAAGGCCCCCAGCCCCCACUCCCCCCGGCAGGACUCGGAGAGGAAGCCCCUGCACAAAGAUGAUACCAGCCCGCCCAGGGACAAGGGUGCAUGGAGGAAAGGCAUCCCAGGACUGAUGAGGAAGCCCUUCGAGAAGAAGACCCCCCCAGGAGUGACGUUUGGGGUUCGCCUGGACGACUGCCCCCCGGCGCAGACCAACAGGUUUGUGCCCCUGAUCGUGGAGAUCUGCUGUAAGCUGGUGGAGGAGCGGGGUCUGGAAUACACCGGCAUCUACAGAGUCCCCGGCAACAAUGCUGCCAUCUCCAGCAUGCAGGAGGAGCUCAACAAGGGCAUGACCGACAUCGACAUCCAGGACGAUAAAUGGAGGGACCUCAAUGUGAUCAGCAGCUUACUCAAAUCCUUUUUCCGGAAACUUCCCGAUCCACUCUUCACAAACGAAAAAUAUGCAGAUUUUAUUGAAGCCAACCGAACAGAGGAUGCAGUGGAGAGAUUGAAAGUGCUGAAGAGGCUGCUCCAUCAGCUUCCUGACCAUCACUAUGAAACCCUCAAGUUCCUCUCCGCUCACCUCAAAACCGUGUCCGAGAACUGCGAGAAAAACAAGAUGGAGCCACGGAACCUUGCUAUUGUGUUUGGACCAACCCUGGUGAGGACGUCCGAGGACAACAUGACCCACAUGGUCACUCACAUGCCCGACCAGUACAAGAUCGUGGAGACACUCAUUCAACACUACGAUUGGUUUUUCACAGAAGAAGGCGAUGAGGAGCCGACGACUGUUGUCCAGCAGGAGAGUGCCGUGGAGUCCCAGCCCGUGCCAAACAUCGACCACCUGCUGACCAACAUCGGGCGUACGGGGCCGUCCGCCACCUCACCUGGCGAUGUAUCAGAUUCGCCCACUAGUGACUCUGCCAAAUCUAAGCAGGGCUCUUGGGGGUCUGGCAAGGACCAGUACAGCAGAGAGCUGCUGCGCUCCUCCAUCUUUGCUGCGGCCAGCCGCAAGCGCAAGAAGCAAAAGGAGAAGCCGCAGCCCAGCAGCUCGGACGACGACCUGGAUGGAGUGUUCCUGAGAAAGGAGCCUCCCCCGGGCCAGAACCACAACCCAGGCCAAACCCGGGACGGCCCGGGCCAGACGGAGGCGGAGAGAGAGGCCGGUACGAGCGAGCGGAAGGAGAAUGGCAGAGAGAGUGAGGAGAAGGAGGAUGGCAAAAUCUGCGAGGCGGAGCCCGGCGGCAAGAAGGAGCACAAGAAGCCGAUAGCGAUGAAGGAGAAGACCCCCUCGCCCUCCCCCAGCCUCAGCCAGCGUGUGCAGACGGCCCGCCAGUCGUCCUUGUCCGAACCCGUGUCGCAGUACGACGACGCCACGUCCGACCUGGGCACGAUGAACAGCACCAGCUCGCAGGCCUCGGUGCCGAGGGCGGGGCACCGCAGGCGCGGGCCCGACCCGCGGGGCAGCGAGGCGGUGGCGGAGGUGAGCUCCAUCACCUCGGACUACUCCACCACCUCCUCCCUCACCUUCCUGACGGGGGCGGAGUCGUGCGCGCUAAGCCCCGAGGUGCGCUCGGUGGCGGAGAGCCGCGGCGACGAGGCGGACGAUGAGCGCAGCGAGCUGGUGAGCGAGGGCCGGCCCGCUGAGACGGACAGCGAGAGCGACUUCCCCGUCUUCGGGGGCGGGGCCCCGGAGCUGCCCGCGGGGGACAGGCCGCAAGAGAAGACCCCGCCUGUGGGGACGCAGGGUGGCACGGCACCCAAUCAGGACUCCCGCAAUGCAAACCCCGCCCACAGACCGGCGGAGCGAGACGGCCCCACCCGCAAGAAGUCCCCGCAGCCCAAGACGGACAGCGAGUCAUCGGCUGAGGGUGGGCGGAGCGACCGCGAGUCCCGGGGCCUAUCGCGUGUGCUGGACGCGGUGAAGGGGCGGUCCACGGGCAGCCUCAGCUCCUCCUCCCGCAGCGAGUCGGAGAAGGCGGAGCCGCCCUGGAGGCUGCGCAUCACCGAGCGCCUCAAGUUCCGCCUCAAGACGUCGGCGGACGACAUGUUCGGCGUGGGCACGCCCAAAGCCCGCUCGCCUGAGGCGCGCAAGAAAAAGAGCAUCCGCCGCCGGCACACCAUGGGCGGCCAGCGGGACUUUGCCGAGCUGGCGGUGGCCGGUGACUGGAAGGAGCCUGAGCUGUCGGCCGUCGACCGGCUCAAGCCCAAGUGCAGCUCGCAGGACUUCUCCAUCCGCGACUGGAUCGUCCGGGAGCGCGGCCGCACCGGCAACACCGAGGCGCCCCAAACUGCUGCCACGCCCCCCUCUGCAUCCGCCCAGGACAACCUCCCUCCCCCCGAGCAGGUGAACGGGGACAGCCCCCAAAACAAAAACAAAGCCCCCCUGAGCUUGGCGGCCGACGCGCACCCGCACAAACUGUCCGGAGCACAAGUGGUCCGCUCACGAUUCUAUCAGUAUUUAUGAACCGUCACACAUACUGGCACGCAGUAUGUGGUUGUGUGUUUGUGUAUGUACAUAUAUCAGCCAGGAUUACUGCACAUUAGUGUUUUUACUCACACAGGGUGACAGCGACAACGUACUGGAACAUAUAUGGAGUUUGUGUAUCCUCAUUUUAAAGUGACAUACAGCAAUGACUUUGUACUCCUGCAUUGAGGUUAACCUCUUUUAGUCAGACGUAAAACCCCAGUAAUACUGGAAGACAAGGAGGCCUUUAGUCCCAGGGGGAUGGUACAUUGCAUUACAUUCAUUUACAUUACAUUACGUUGGUGUAAUGGAUGGUGUAAUGACAACUAGAUUAACGAUGGUAAAAAUCACUUCCUAUAGGUCGUAACACACAAACCGGGCCCAUCAGAAAGAACCGGCUCCGGUGUCUUAAGUAUUACUGAAGAACCAUUCACUUUAUGCGUAAUUAAGGGUGUUUUAGAGGGGAGCGACAGUUUACUUUGUCCCUCAGUAACCCAAAGGAGAAUGUAUAUGCUUGCUGUUCCACCGACUAAAGCUUAAUUGCUGGUUACCCAAUGGCAUUCUAAAGUGUACAUAUUUCUGUCUGUACUUGAAGUGUGUUCCCAUUUCUGUUCAGCCCCAAAUUUGGGCUGCUUUUUCUGUGCUGUGUGCUGUGGAAACCCUUUGCAGUGCGUCGUAACAGCCAGACACUGUGUCCGCCAGACGAGAGCAAAACCAUGCGUUUCUUUUUUUAUACAUUAUAUAUAUAUAUACACUUCUAAACGACAGACGAGAACAGAACAACUCCUCUGAUGCAAUACUGUCUACAUCUCUCCUCUGCGUGUCUGCGUAUUGUUGCUUUCCCCACUUCCUGUCGUCAGAUCGCAAAAAAAAAUAGAAGAAAAAUAAGGAUGAUUAUACCUGAAAUCAUGUUUCUUCUCAAAGGAAAGUGCCUCAUAUUAAUUAUUCGCUUCUGGGUUUUAGUUUAGGGUGCCAUAUUGUCUUUCGUUCGAAACGUUGUAAAGAUGUUCGUACUGUGAAAGAGGUUUUACCUACAACUCAUGCAGUAAAUUUCACAGGUUUUAAACAGGCAAAACAAGAGCUUCCAUUCCUUUUUGGCAUUCCACUUGGGUCUUAACGCAUUUUAUACAUCCUGUUUUUCUUUUUUUGGAUUUUAAUGGAACUUGAAUUUUAAAUAUUUCUGUAAAAUAAGUAACUUAAGUGUAAAUAUGUCAUGUUCUAGCUGCUUUUCUUUUUACUCCAUCGAAUGCCAGACUUUGUAAACUAUUGUAACAUAGGCAUGUAGAUAGUGUGCCUGGGGGUUAACUGGCCUGGCGAUGGUUGUUCUCAUCUCUGAACCUGCAUGAAAAGGUGCUUCCUGUAACUGGACCAUUCUCUCAUGCCGUGUACAGUCAAACAGGGGGUCUGACUCCUAAAUCACUGGAAAUAAAACCCUUAAUGUCACUGUGUGA